AUGACCGACGGCUCAGGCGCCCCUCCAGCCGAUGCCCCGGCACCCGCAGCCGCAGUAGACAGCGCUCCUGCGCCAGUGCCCACUGAGGUACGGUCACACGCCGGCCAUCAUGAUGCGCCACCGGUCCAUGAGAAGGAGCAAACCUCCUCUGUUGGACGCAUAACGCCUCGGCCGACCUUCUUGGAGCAUCUAGCUAGCUCGCGAGAGUCGCAAUUCCAGCUUAAUCGACGAGAUUCAAGCGAAUUGGAUCGCUACUUCCAUGGACCCCGCAACAUGGACAAACACUCCAAGUGGCCCAUCAUGAUGCGAAUGCACGGUAGCGUCAUGCCCAAAAUGAUUAUGCCAAUCUUGACCGUCGCCAUUUGGUCGACGGCUGUUACUGUCUUUUCGAAUAAAGUUCACAAUCUUGGUAUCAACAACAUCCUACUCACCGUGCUGGGUUUCGUGGUGGGUUUGGCUCUGUCAUUCCGUAGCUCAACUGCAUAUGAGAGAUGGGCAGACGGACGGAAAUACUGGGCUCAGCUCAUUCAGACGUCGCGCAAUCUAUCACGCACAAUCUGGAUUAACACCGGCGAACGACCAGGCGAAGCAGGAAAAGACGAUCUCCUAAGAAAACUCUCUGCGAUGAAUCUCAUCCUGGCCUUCGCAGUCUCCCUCAAACACAAGCUCCGUUUCGAGCCCGAUAUCGCAUACGAAGAUCUGGCUUGCGUGGCUGGACACCUCGACACUUUCGCUCGUGAUGCUCACGACCGUGAUGUUGUCAACCCCCCUUCCAAGACUGUUUGGAAGUCCGCAGGAGAGUACCUUGGCGUAUCGUUCGCCGAGUCAAACCCUCGCAAGUAUGUCAAGCGAUCCAAGAAGCCUCUCGGACAUCUGCCCCUUGAAAUCCUCAACCACUUGUCUGCGUAUAUCGACUCUUGUGUCGCCAAUGGUACUCUCGUGUCAACUCUGCACCAGGGACAAGCCAUCACAAUGAUGGCCACCCUGAACGAAGUUGUAACCGGCACAGAACGUGUCCUGGAUACUCCUUUGCCCACCGCAUACAGCAUUGCCAUUGCCCAGAUUUCAUGGAUCUAUAUCCUAGUGCUUCCAUUCCAGCUCUAUGCCGUCCUAGAAUGGAUCACCAUUCCAGCAUCGAUUGUUGCCGCCUACAUCAUCCUCGGCUUGGCCACAAUCGGCGCUGAAAUCGAGAAUCCCUUCGGUCACGAUGUCAACGAUCUUCCAUUGGACACCUACUGCCGCCAAAUCGCCAACGAAAUCGACAUGAUGGCUGCCACUCCCCGGCCCGACGUUGACGACUUCAUGCAGCGCGCUGACAACCUCGUUCUGUACCCCCUUAGCCAGCUGGGCUACCCCGACUGGCGAGAGCGCAGCGUAGAAGAUAUCCGCAGCGCGCUUCGCACCAAGCUAGUUAUCAACCCGUCAGGUUCGGAGUCGGAUACAUCUACAAUCAGGGAAAACGUUCGACCGAAGACUACUGAAUCAUCGGUCUGA